UUUAAACAUGACUACAGUGACAAGGCUUUUCAAAUCGAGAGGGUUUUGUUUCUUCUUCGUUCAUCUUCUAUUCUCUCUGCAGCGCCUGGUCCCUCUCAGGCCUGGCCCCCAACGACGCCGCCACCACUGCGAAGCUGCCAAAUCCGUGAAACCAGUGGUCGCCGUCCAGAUUGCAGUGCUUAUAUUAUAAUCCAAUUUCAUGUUAGUCCAACCCUCAAGUUUCAUCUAUAUCUGGAAUUGAAGAAAAUGCUUAAACACCACCAGAGGCAAUUGAUAUAGUAUUUUUAAGAGGUGUUUUUGCCUCGUGUGUAGUUAACUUUGAGUUACUCUUCAGCAGAGAAAUUGUCCUUUUCUCUCCUAUUUCGCCGCAGGAUUGUGCAGGAGACGCGGUGACUACUGCUAACUGUAUCAUCAGUAUAAAUAAAAGGAUCAGAAAGCAUUAUUUAGGAAUUUCUGUUUGCACACAUUUGGCAGUUUUUUUUUUUUUUUUCAAUUGUUAAACGUCAUGCACCGAAGAGCCCCAAUCCCUCGUCUCCUCCUCAAUAAUGUCUCAUGUAUGAGAAAUGCACAGCAAAUUCUGCGUCAUGUGAAUGUGUCUCUCCAUGAUGGAGGGGCGCUUGUGCUAACAGGCGCAAAUGGCUCGGGGAAGACAACUUUCCUGCGUAUGUUAGCUGGGUUUUCUCGUCCUUCUGCUGGCGAAAUACUUUGGAAUGGCCAUGACAUACAACAAUCUGCAAUAUUCCAUCAGUAUAAGCUUCAACUUAACUGGCUCUCUCUCAAGGACGCCAUUAAUGAUAAGUUCACAGUUCUCAACAAUGUACAAUGGUUUGAACUUCUUGAGAACAAGGAAGGGAAGGCUUUGGCUGCAGUGGAAUUGAUGGGACUAGGAAAAUUAGCUAAUGAAAAACCAAGGAUGCUUUCUAUGGGCCAGCGUAAAAGACUACAACUUGCCAGGUUGCUCGCAAUUGAUCGCCCCAUAUGGUUGCUAGACGAGCCUUCGGUUGCAUUAGACGAUGAAGGAGUAAAGUUACUUGAGUAUAUCAUCGCAGAACAUAGGAAACACGGAGGAAUUGUGAUUGUGGCGACUCAUCUACCCAUCGAGAUAGAAGAUUCCAUGUUUUUGAAACUUCCACCUAGGUUUCCCAGGAGGAUGACCCACGUGGAUAUGCUUGAUCGGGCGGAUAUCAGUUAAGGGCCUGUUUGGAUGCUUCUUCUUGGGGCUUCUCUACUCACAUAAGUUCGUUGUUGUUUAAAAAUGAGGUUUGGAUGUAGAAUUUUUAGCUUUUGAAAAAGUCCAAAGCUCUUACUAUAGCUUAUUUAGUUUACUUAUUGGUUUUAAUCAGGAGCUGAAUCUCGAUCACAUUGGUCUAUUGAUAAUGUGAACUCUGUCUCUUGGUAUAUGUGCUGCAUUUGAGAAUGCAAUUGGAAAUGGUUUUCCAAU